CUAUGGGCCAGUCCCAUGAUCAUAUUCGUAAUCAGCAUGGUCGAUAACCUAUAACCCACUAGAUGUCGAUCAAAAAGCUUUUAAUCAUCUCGAAAGGUUCCCUCGUUAGUUGCACUAGAUUAAAUGCUUUCUAUUAGGUAUUAUACAGUCAAAUUGUAUUCAAAAUUUGAAUAUUAUUGUGUGGUUAACGUGCUCAAUGAUCAAAAUGAAUAAAAUUGAUCUUAAUAUCAUUCGCACAUGUUUACCGAAACAAACAGCAAUAUCAAGACCAGGAAAUGUUACAGAAAAAGAAUUAAUUGUAUUUGUAUUAUUAUGCUCAAAUUAUACUCUUAUUCAAGGUUUUUUAAAUCCAACAUUGUUAUUUGCAAAUACAAUUUGCACCAAUGAUCAGCAAACAUGGUGGAAAAUAGCUUUACGUUCAUACUCACAUUUAUCACUGGGAGAAGAUGAGUACGAAGAAAGGCUAAAACUGUUAUAUAUGCUUAUAUAUUUAAAUAAACGGUUAUAG